AUGAAAAUUGUGAUUUUUUUGAAUUUGGUAUUCUUACAUAACAUAAUCAGUGAACCAACUAUUAUAGACCAAAGUUCAGUAGGAGAAACCAACGAAACGUUCAAGUCACAUGAAAACGAAAUGAGUAGACAUAGGGAACGUUCGGAAACAAACAAUACAAAUAGUAGAGAUAAAAAUGGUCUUGAAUUCGGCUUGACAUGGCUGACUGGAAAAUCAAGCAACAGAUAUGCAUUUAGAGAUGAAAAAAAAGCAAAUCUUCAUGGAAAUUUCAAACGGCAUGGAAAAGGAGAAUACGAUAGUUUGUCAACUCGAUCAUACAGAUUCAAAGUGAAGGGAUCAAUUGACCGAUAUGGAAGACGCGCAUUCCAACAUUCGAAAAUACAGAGAGGUGGAAAGAGAAAGAGUUACUCGAAAAGAUUCUCCUAUGAUUAUUUCGAUAUUAAUGGCGGUGUAUCUUCCAGACGUAAAACUAUGGGAUUAGGAACAGACACAGAGAGUGGUCAUCACAUUGAAAUAAAGUUAUCUUCGGACAUUGA